UCUCUGUAUUCGCGCGCUGUUUCGAGAGCUCCAUCCAUGAAGGCGUUCUUCUUCUGCUGAUUCUUCUAGGGUUUCGCUCCGCUAUCGAUUCGGGAGAGCCCCCGCUUCAUGCGCAGCGGGGGGCCGGCGUCGCUGCUUCCCUAGAUUCGAAGAGCAGGAGGAGGAGGAGGAGGAGCGACGAUGAGCGCCGUGAACAUCACGAACGUGACGGUGCUGGACAAUCCCGCCUCCUUCCUCACCCCUUUCCAGUUCGAGAUCUCCUACGAGUGCGUCACCCCUCUCAAAGACGAUUUGGAAUGGAAGCUUAUAUAUGUAGGAUCUGCAGAGGACGAGACAUAUGAUCAAUUGCUAGAGAGUGUACUUGUUGGACCAGUCAAUGUUGGGAAUUAUCGUUUUGUGUUACAGGCAGAUCCACCAGAUCCAUCAAAGAUUCGGGAAGAAGAUAUUAUUGGAGUGACUGUGCUUCUACUGACCUGCUCUUAUCUGAGUCAAGAAUUUGUCCGCGUGGGCUAUUAUGUGAAUAACGAUUACGAUGACGAGCAGUUGAGAGAGGAACCACCUCCAAAGGUACUAAUUGACAAGGUCCAGAGGAACAUUCUCUCCGAUAAACCUCGGGUCACCAAAUUUCCCAUCAACUUUCACCCGGAGAACGGUGGAAGCGGAGAACAAUCCCCUUCGCUUGAUCAGCAGCCUACUGAAACUGAUGUUGAUGGGGAGCAACCACCCGAUUUGCCAACAAAUCCAUCAGAGGAGCAGGAAUCUUAAGCGGUGAGAAUACACAGUCUAUUCCUGACCUUUGAUUUUCGAGCACUCUAAUUUCAAGACCUUCAAGACCCAACAUGGUGCCAAGUUAGGAGAUGAUCGUUGCUAGAAUUUCGAUCAUGCCAGGCUUUUCAGCAUGUGAAGAUGUUUUGAGAGUAGUGGUUCAGACAAAGUUUCAAUCUCAAAAGUCUGCUGGCUGCUCGACUGCUAGCUCUUCUCUUAGGCCCUUUUUAAUGAGUUGAUUUUUUUUGCUGUUACAGAUGUCGAUUAGUAGGAGGAUUUUUGAUUUCUCUAACUUGCCCUGUGCUCGUAGUGUUCUGAGAAUUUGAAAUGAAAUGUUUGUGGCAAUUUUACA